AUGUAAGAAAAGAAAAGAAAUAUCAUAAUACAAGAGAUUUGUCACUAAACAUACUUUAAUAAUAACUAGCUGAUCAUUCCCAUUUAAGAACAAAAACCAAUGACAACAUGUAUUGAAAUUGUUUAAAGAAGAUUAAUAAAAUCCAUAUCAAGAAUAAGGGGAGCUAGCUAAAAUACAAUUGAGUAACUUAAAAAUACUCAACAAAAUUUAUAAUAUCCAAUAUAACCAUAGACUCAAAUCCAGAGAAAAGAUGUUCCAAAUCAAGUAGAUCAAGAUUUCUAGGCCAUUAAUCCAUAUGCUUAAUAAAAGGAAGUCAAUUUUAAGCCAUAAGUAAAUCAAUUAAUAACCUAGGAAUAAAGAAAAUAUAAAGAUGAUGUAAAAAUCUAUUACAAUCAAUUAAACUAUAAACAAUACUAGCCUUUGAAAGGCAACAUUGAUCAAAAUCAAUAAUAGAAAUAACAAUUUCAAAAAACAACAGUCCAAUAAACAUAGAUUUAGACAGAAUAAUAUAAGGCUCAAUAAUAACAAAAAUAAUUUACAUAUACUUAGGUUGUUGAAUAGAAUUAAUAAUAAUUAAAUCUUGGAGAUUCUAAUUUAAAAUCUCCUAAUAAAAAGCAUAUUAAAAUUUAAUAACACAAUUAGGAAUUACACUAAAUAAGGAUUGUAAAUGAGGAGAGGGACUAAUUUCUAAAACACUUUAUGACACAAAUAAAGAAUACUUUAUAAAACUAUGGAGGAAUUCAAAUCGUUAAAUAAAGUUCAGAAGAAAGAAAAAGGGGUAAUAAAUCAUCUAGAGAAGCUGGUUAAUAAACACAAUUUAAUAGAAAUCAAGGACAAUAAAAUCAACCUUAUCAGGAAGUUUAAUAACCAAAAAAACCAAAAAUAGUGGAAAUAUAAUCAAAUAUCCAACUUUAAAACUCAAUUUUAAGAAAAGAUUAAAAUGAAAGGCUUCUAUUUACAUAGUAAUAGUAAUUUUAUUAAUAAUAAUUUUAAUAAAAUUCUCCAUAAUAAAAAAGUAAAUAAAGAAUUUAAAUUAAGGAAGUUAAAAUUUAAGAACCAAAACAUAAUGAAGACAUCUAACCAGACAGGAAGUAACCAAAUGCUUAAAAGGGUUAUUAUGAUUCAAAAAGCCAUAACCAUAUAAAAAACACUCAAUAAAAAGUUCAACAUUAAUAAGUAAAUAGGCGAGAUCAUUAAUACAUUAAUCAAACAUAAGUCCAAAUUUAAUAAUAAAACUAUCAGAAUGAUGGAAGGCACAGGGCAUUGAGUGACUUAUAACAAAGAAGAAGAAUUGAGUACAGACCUGGUAUGGUGAUUACUGAUGACCUUGUGAAUUAGAUGACUCCAGAAGAAAUUUAUGAAUAUUUUACUUAAUUGGAUUUAGAAAACUAGUUGGGAUUAAAAAGCAAGAUCAUUGUUUUAGAAAAUAAAAGAGUCUAAAUAAAUACUGCAGAUAGUUGUGCCAUAUGUUUAGAAGAUAUCUAACCUUAGAAAGAGGCCGUUGAUAUCAAAUUAGAUUGCAAUCAUUAAUUUCAUUACGUUUGCAUUAAACAAUGGUUAUAGAAAUCUAAAUUCUGCCCAGUUUGCAAAAAAUAAGUAGAUUGCGGAACCAACUAAAAUAUUUAAUGA